AUGCAUUUGACUGGGGGUGUUGUGUUUUCUUUGCUGGCGGCCUCUGGUCUGGCCCUUCCUGGUAGUGAUGGUAGCAAACAACAUGUGAACAAGGCACGCAGUGCAGGUUAUGCCCUGAAGGAGCCUCCUUUGACCACACCGUGGACAGAUAAAGUCGGCACUGAGCCGUGGCCUGAAUAUCCCCGUCCACUAUUGCAGCGGUCUGAAUGGAAGAAUCUUAAUGGCGUGUGGAAGUAUCAGAGUGCUUCUGGUCUGGAUGCAGUUCAAAGUCCACCUUUUGGACAGGAACUGGCACAAGAUGUCUUGAUUCCAUCAUGUCUUGAAAGUGGAUUGUCCGGGAUUCAAACUGAGUAUGCUUUGUACUCAUGGUUCUCAACUUCUUUCGAGAUAUCUUCCUCCUGGAAGGGCGAGAAAGUGCUUCUCAACUUUGGCGCCGUGGACUAUGAAGCGACUGUAUUCGUCAAUGGUAAACAGGCAGGCUUCCAUCGUGGUGGAUACUUUCGCUUCGAGUUGGAUGUGACAGAGUACCUGGUGUUUGACAAGCAAAACGAACUACUUGUCUUCGUUCAUGAUCCCACAGAUGAUGGUGACUAUGUGAUUCCCAUUGGAAAGCAGACUCUCAGGCCAAGUCACAUCUUUUAUACGCCGUGCAGUGGCAUCUGGCAAACUGUCUGGCUGGAAGCUGCCCCUGCAAAUCACAUCACACAUUUGGAUAUCGACGGUAAUAUGGACGGUCAAGUCAACAUUACUGUGCACAGCUCAGCACAGGAUACUUCCGCCGAAGCAGAAGUCACCGUGCACAAGGAUGGUAAGGUUCUUACUACUCACAAUGGUCCAACCAAUACGCCCUUCCAGUUCACUGUGUCUUCUCCCAAGCUCUGGUCUCCCAACUCGCCUAAUUUGUACAACGUGACUGUCAAGUUGGACAAAGACCAAGUGGAGAGCUACACAGGCUUCCGCACUAUUUCUCGAGGCAAGGUUGACGGUAUCGAGCGACCUUUGCUGAAUGGGGAAUUUAUCUUCAUGUUUGGCACCCUGGAUCAGGGCUACUGGCCAGAUGGACUAUACACUCCUCCAACCCGUGAAGCAAUGGUGUAUGAUCUCCAAGUGCUGAAGAAGUUAGGCUUCAACAUGGUCCGCAAGCAUAUCAAAGUCGAGCCCGAACUCUUCUACCAGGCAUGCGAUGAGAUCGGACUACUUGUAAUUCAGGAUAUGCCAUCAUUGCGGCCGCUGCAAUCCAAGACCGAAGAUAACUGCAAAUCAGUCACAAUUCUCCCAAAUGCGGAACAACAGGCAGAAUUUGCCAGGCAGUUGGAUGUCCUGGUCAACCAGUUCAAGAGCUUUCCCAGUAUUGCCACAUGGGUCGUAUACAACGAAGGCUGGGGUCAGAUCACCGAUUACUACCCCGAGUUCGAACUGACCGAUCGGGUCAGACAGCUGGACCCCACUCGUCUUGUGGACUCGACGACUGGCUGGCACGAUCACGGCGCCGGAGACUUUAGCGACAACCACCACUAUGCGAACCCGCAAUGUGGCACGCCAUUCUACUCCACAGCUUCAAGUCCCUUUGAUCCUAGCCGAAUCGGGUUCCAGGGUGAAUUUGGUGGUAUUGGCAGUAAUGUCUCUAUUGAGCACCUGUGGAAUAACCAGGCUGCCAUUAACACCAUCAAUCAGACCUAUGAAAUUGACACUACUAUCGAGGCCUGGAACUAUCGCAGUCACAUCCUGCUUGGCGAGCUUGAAGACCAAAUCCGUCUCUUCUCGUGCAGCGGUGGAGUCUGGACCCAGACUACCGAUGUCGAGGGCGAGGUCAACGGUCUCAUCACCUAUGACCGGCGAUUGGCUAGAACCGACGAGAAGCAGUGGCAGGCGGAUAUUAAGGCACUCUACGACGCCGCCGCAGCACGCAGCAAUGCGACCACGGAAAGCAUGUAG